AUUGAGGUGGUUUACAAUACUGUCAAUCUUGGCUUUUGGGACACUGCUGGGCAGGAGGAUUACAACAGGUUGAAGCCACUGAGCUACAGAGGAGCUGAUGUGUUCCUACUGGCUUUCUCCCUCACCAGCAGAGCUAGCUACGAGAACAUUCACAAGAAGUGGAUUCCCGAACUGAGGCAUUAUGCACCAAAUGUGCCCAUUUUUCUAGUGGGAACCAAACUAGAUCAAAGAGAAGACAAACAGUACUUAAUUGAUCACCCUGGAGCAGCUCCCAUCACUACAACACAGGGAGAAGAACUGAAGAAAAUGGCUCUUAUCCAGAUCCUUCAACAAAGUGUUCUUUUGAAGUACAAGUGA